AUGAGUGAUAGCAAGCCCAAAAAGCCUAUAAAACAAGAAGACACGCAGCAGGACAUGGAUGAGGCUCAAGACCUCUCCCAGUGGUGCAUGUGCCCGCCAGAAAUAACUCAAGAGCAAUGACAACCCACGAAUAUGACCAACCAGAGUCUCUUUGUUCAAGGGACGAAUCCGGAGACUCCUCCUUUACUGUGUGAAGUGUCUCAUCCUCAAGAUAUGAAGGUGAAGAUGACCAUAGAGGACGAUAAUAAGGUCAAGAUUAACAUAAUCAUCAAGAAGCAUCCCCAAGAAAUGAAGAGCCUCCAAAGAAAAUCUGAUAAUGAAGAAGCCAAAGAAUCAUGUCAAGAGGCAAACAAUGAAGAAACUAAGGAACCUAGGUCUAAGAGAGGUCGAGGCAGACCAAGGAAGUACCAAAAUCCAGAUUUUUACACAAGAAAUACUAGAUUAGACAUCAAUGACAAGACUCUAAUCAGAGCUGUGAGAAGAGAAUUUGUCCAGUGGUUUAGAGUCUUCUGUAUAAGUACAGGACUCCAUACCUCUGACGUCCAGCUUGAUGAUCAUGCUGAGAUUCUCAAAAUGAGGUUUGAGAUGAGCGAUGGUGAGUUCGAUAAUGCCAUGGAUGCCUUCAUUCCUCACAUUCUACAGCAAGAAACAUCUGAUGCUGUGAAUUCACUGUACAAUCAAAUGGAGAACCUCAAGGACUUCCUGACAGUGCUGAUUGACCCUUCCAAAGGCACUUCAAUCAUGUUCCCUGGAACUACCAGACUGCUGAAAGACGAGAUGCGGAGUCUGUUCUUUUCUUACUCUCACAGAAAGUUGGAGGUAUUCUUGGCAAUGCCAGAGAUGAGAUAUGUACUACACAAAACACUGAACUCUGAAUACAUUGACACUCUGAUUGCUAAAAACUCAACACUAAACGAAAGCGAAGCCUUAUACAAAGAGUGUGCAGAGAAGAUCAUGGAUAAGGUUACCAGACACAACAGGGCUGCCCAAAUGUAA